AUGGAGAAUGAUGUAGGAAGUUUUACUCUCACGAAGCAAUGCGCGCAAAGUCCGCUCAUCGAUCAGAUCUUGAAGAUACAAGAAUUUGAGUUUACGAACCCCAGACAAAAGUCAUUUCGGUGGAUGCAGAAUCUUCGAUGCCUCUCCCCUUACCAGUCGCCGACAGCAGAGCACAGAUCUCUAGAUCACCAUAAAGACCCAAAGGUCAUCCUACACAUAAAAUAUGCAAACGUGUUUGACAAGGGGCGUUUUCAAUAUGCGGCCAUCUCUUACCCGUCCCAUCCGGCUCAACGUGAAUCAGGACGACCCGGAAGCUUCUCGAUCCAAAUGCGCGAUGGCUCCACCAGAACGAAUGUCGUCCGAGACACGAUCAUAUGGCGCGCAAUUCGAUAUGUGCAGCAUCAUAGACUUCGGGGUUUCUGGAUUGACGAUGAGUGUCUAGAUCCGGUGGGUCAAAAGAGUCGUCAGUCGGCCAUUCACUCCAUGGAUCGGCUCUAUGCCGUAAGUACUUAUUCGGUAGGGAUGUUGGAAGUGUCUGUGGAUAAGCAAUGGCAGCUAGAAGCACUGUAUUCGCUGAUGGAUGGAUCUCUGUUCAAACCGGCGAAAGGUCCAAGCGUUGAGUCAGAAACCCCAAGACUGCGCUCGAACAGAGUCUGGCCAACACUCAGAUUGUUGCGCCGUUUGUUAUCUGAUCGGUGGUGGACGCGGUGCUGGAUCUUCCAGGAAGAAUACUGCGCAGCACAGAACAUGCGGCUCCUUAUCCCGUGUAACCAGAACUUGAAACGACGAAGCACGAUUCUCGGAACAAUGAGGGAUGAAAUUGAGAUCCAGGCAAUAGAACUCCGUGCCCAGCUGACACGUUUUCAUGAGGCUUGUAAGCGGGCGACGAGAUUGAGUCAAAGGCAGAAGAGGUUUAUAUCACGGGAAUUACGUGGCAAGGCUGAACGAUAUCAGGUUUCGUACCAACUUGACAGAUGUUCAGGAUACCUCCUGUCAUCCAAGAUCAUGAACGAACUACAAGAACGCCGCGUAAAAUAUUCCGCGGAUUUGCUUCCUAUCUCAGCCAACUGUUGUACCUACAGUCGACGGUUGGACCAGAGAAGGUUAGCACAAGAACGAGAUGUCAGUCUAUCGUUGUCCUUGUUCGUUCAAGCACUCAUGAACGGAGAGAUACUUCACAACAACCUAAAGGUCGCUAAGCCGCCCACAAAAGGCUUUGCUCAGUUCUUCCAGCAACAAAUGUUUAGGCUGACGCGGCCUCCCUCAAUGAUGAAGGAUCUUACUUUUGUCAAACAUUGUCGGUUCCUGAAUCCGCGUCUUCGUCGUGAGGGUGUAGUCACAAAAGGAUACUUAUGGGAAAGUGUGGAGUAUCUUCCCAGGAGGCCUGUGCGCUUGAAAGACCACACGAGGCAUCCAGAGACAUCCGACGGACCGCACCCCGAAGUCUGGAUACUUCUCCAGGAACUCGCAGCGGAAUCAAAACCUGCGCAUCCAGCAGUCGCAAAACUUCUUUGCCAGUUUGUGUCAAAGAUGAACGGCAUCGACAGACUUCAUGCACGCAGUCGAUACAUGACUGCGAUGGCUCAUGAAGUCGCUCGGGCUUGGAGAGACAACCGUCCGCUAAUUUCAGCAAAGCUUGUGGGAAACGAUUCCGGUUGGGGGAUUUUCGUGCCUUCUAGGCCAAAGAUCAUGCCUCUGAAGGUCUUCUCGUCGUGGCAUUUCACGUCGGAUAGGCCCUCAGACGGUAUGCAGGAGCCGAUGGACAAGCACGUACAACUCGAUGUUAGCUCAGAGAAGGAUCCUAUCGGACUGGGACUCCCACAGUUACGAAUCAAGGGAUGGAUAAAUGGGUUGUGCUUCUACGGUCAUGCGGCCCCACAAGAAGUGCUCUUCCCUUGGCCCCUGUCCUUCGCGACGGGCGAUGGUACUCAGGACCAGUCGCCUGGCAGUCUGGGAGACCGUGUCUGA